AUGAUUUCAGAAGCAGGAAUGGUCUGUAUCGCGGCAGGAGGUGCCAGAUUAAGAGGAAAGUUUCGCUUAUCCAAAGGAGAAACAACUCAAAUACUUGUUGGUCAAGAGGGAAGUAUAAACCUUAAAGGUCUAAGCAGUGGUGGUGGUGGAGGUACGUUUGUGGUGAGAGGACGCAACACGCCUUUGAUAAUAGCUGGCGGAGGAGGAGGCAGGGAAGUUGCUCGGUCGAGACAUUCUGGAUGCGAUGCUUCUACGGGGACAGCAGGGAAUCCUGGGCACAGGUCAUGGUCGGGAGGGAGUGGUGGACAAGGAGCAACGACCGCUGACAGGAGUAACUCAGGUGAGACGAGUGUGUUUCAAGAUGAGAAGGGUCACCACGACAGCAAUCUUUGCUAAAUCUACUAUCUAACUACAUCUGCCUUCUUCAAUAUGGAGACUACCUUCGUCGAUGGAGGUCAAAGUCCUCAACCUUUGGUGUCCACUUUUUCAGAGUUUUAAGAAAGACGUUAUAUUCGUCACUCAUGCAUUAAAGACAAACAAAGAAAAACUCUGUCUCCACUUAGGAUGCGAACUAAGGGACUUGUCAGAAAUUAGCUGGGGGGGAGGGGGGGGGUGGAAACAGAGGGAGGGUCACAACUUUUUGAGACUCAGAAAAGGGAGGGGUCAUGAAAAAUGGGCCGUUAAAAGGGGGAGGGUCAUGCAAAUAUAUGCCCGUGAUCAUGUAGACGUUCACUCACAGAAGAAAAACAAAAUUUCUUUAUUUCGUAAAAAAAAAAGAGCAAUGGAAUAUUAUGGAUAUAAACUGUGAAGUAUUUAACAAACAUUUACUUUUCAUUUAUAAAAAUGCUAUAGAGUCUUAUUGCAAUAACGAAUAAUGUUGUUGUUAAUGUUAUUAAAGUUUUGGCUAUCCUUUUCAUCCCUGUCUUCAGCAUCACUAUCAAUGCUGCUGUGAGCAUCUUGAUCAUCAUCAUUUAUGUCAUCAGCAUUUUAUUUUGUUUAUUUUAUCUUAUUUUAUUAGCUUCGCAUUGAUACAAUCACUUUCAUCAUCAUCAUGAUUUUCAUUUAAGUUGAAGCGUAGAUAUUGCUUGAUAAUGUCCUGUGAUUCAUUGGUGAACAACCCUUCUCAAAGAUAUAUGGCCUUUGCGUUUUGAGGAACCCACUUUUUCCUUCAUAAUGAAGAAAUAAUGGGCCAAUAGCCUCUGUAAUAUCACGCGAUUCUUGCUGAGGUGUAAUAUGGUUUCAAUAGCUCCUUUGCAGUUAGCUUCCAUUCUUUUUGCCCUAGCUUUCUUUGCUUUGCUUUUAUUUUGCUUUUGUUUCCUUUUUUUUCUUGUUCAUUUGUUUUUCUUGUUGGCUUGGAAUCCUGCACCUUAAAGAGCCUGGAACAUUUUUCUUUCAAUUCUGUAAGGUGGGGAGGGUCAUGAUAUUUUAGACCAAGCUCAAGGGGAGGGUUAGCAAAUUUCACUCCCAUUGCAGGGGUGGGUCACCUAAUUUCCGAACCCAAAUUUAAAAUUCCCACCCCCCCUCCCCCCCUGCUAAUUUCUGACAAGUCCCUAACUAGAUGAAAGACAACAGUCCGCGUUUAAAAGUAAAGUUUUCCCAUUGCUAAGUUUCACUUUGUCUUAUCUCUUUUUCGGUAUUAUUAACGAAUACCAUCACAUCCAUCGUAUGCUGACCAUUUUCUCAUAUCAAUUAAAACGUUGAAAAUGAAAGAGCUUCACUCGUCAGCCUUCUUAGCUUCUAAAGACUUUCUUGCCUUGUUUCCUCAAGAUGGCUUGAAAGAAUUGUAGGUAAAAUUGUUUAACUUUCAAUCAUUCAUGAAAUUAAUUUCUGUUUUAUUGUUCCUCAUAUACACUAUGGCCAGAAUUUAAUUUCACGCACGCGCGGUAGCAGUGGACACGUAGAAAAAAUUCCAACAGCAAAAAAUGAAAAAAUUACAAAGAAAUGUGGGAUAAGUAUAUGUAAUCAAUUGGUGACGAGUGAAAUUAGGGAAUAAUUUUACUUCCCGAGCCUUUAGGCGAGGGAAAUUAUUAGGAUUUGGACAAAACGCAAGUGAAAUUAUUCCCUAAUUUCACGAGUAUACCAUUUGAUUACCUAUUAAUAUCAUGGGUGACGAAUUACGUUAGCAAUCUUGGAUUUUUGACAUGUUUAUCCUGGAUCGUAUCGAUCGAAAACUCCGGCACUCUCUCAAAUGUUUAGACGGACCUUAAAUUUGGCUUAUAAAGUUCAGAAUUUUUCAGACUUUUUCGGCAAAAUACCUGUUUCUGUAUCCUUCUUGAUGUUCUCUUGUGUGUUCAGGUUUUCUAAAGCGUCUUUUUGUGCCCUGACAUCUUCAUUCACGGCAUUUUAAAACUUCGUCGCCAUCUUGACACUGAGACGUACGUUAGGUCGCCAUGGUAAUUUUGUAAUUUCACAUGUGAAAUUACAAAUUAACGCUGAAAUUUCGCGCCAAAAUUAAGGAGUAAUUCGUCACCCAUGAUAUUAGUAAAAUAAUUUUCGAUACGUACAGCAUGUUGUUCGAUAUACAUGAACACUAGGACGCGAUUGAUACUAAAAGGUUGACUUUUUUAAAUCUUAGUUUUGACAAACUUAAACUCCUACCUUCAAAUGUCGAGCUUCCCAGAAUGGAAAUAAAAAUACGAAAAAAUUACCUGCGUCUUCCAUAUGAUUCUAUUGCAAAUGGAGCACUGCCACCUUGAUUAACCUCUUUCCUUCGGUAAUUAAUGACAAUUCCGCUGGGAAACUCUCAGAGGAUGCGAUUAAAUCUUCAAGUACAAAGUCUUAUGUUUCUAUCGUGAGUUUUUUGUCCACUGAAAAAGUAUAUUCUUCCUUCCCACGUUUAAAGAAGUUGGAGUUGAUUCUAUUUAUGAAUACGCUUCUACUACACGGCUUGAAUCCAAGACCUUCCCUCUACAAUAUCUCAGCCAAAAUCAUCUAAAUUGUCUCAAAAACCUCUUGUUCGAAAGCUUAUUUCUUUGAGUUUUCGUGGCCAUUUUUGUUUGUGGCAAUAUUUUUGACCAGCGGCUUUUAUUUGACCAUAAACCAGUACGUAUUUGACCACUCGAACUUUCCGAACAUUAUGAACCCGGGAAUCACAGUAAAACGAUUGCGAAACUACGAAACAGUCUGAAUAUAAGUCGCGCGAAAUUUGACGUGCGAGAUUUCUGGACAUAAAAUGAAAUACAUAUAAAGGCAAAUAAUAUUAGAUAAAUACAUACAAACAUAUGGUAUGAUGAAAUUUGUGGUAUUUAACAAAUAAUAAGGAAUAUUAGUGACUCACAUCGAGACCUAAAGUACGGGUCGCUGAAAAGAAUAAUUGUUAAUAGCUUUCCCAGCAUUUACAGCGCCCAAAAUACAUUGUAUAAAUAUAGGUGAUGUGACUAUAUUUACUUUUGUCAAUAGAAUCUUUAUUUUAAUUGUUGAAUGAAAAAGCUUCAGGAAAUCCACCUGCACAUGUUACCUUUUUUUAGUUAAGAGUUAUUUAAUUAACAAUUAAUUAAUGAGGCUGAGUAUCUUAUGAAGAAUUAUGGAGAUCGAGGAGGGUGUUACGGCCUCGACGGAUAACACCCUCCGAGAUCUCCAUAAUUCUUCAUAUGAUACGAAAGCCGAAUUCAAUAAUUGUUUUAUUAUUCAUUCAAAAUAAUUCCUACUUUAAAAACAUGGCUCAAACAUGCUAACCUCCAUCGAUCCAUCAAUGUUAAGUUCAUCUUCGAUAGAGCACGUUUAGGUUUGUUCAGCUCCGCAAAUAUUCUCCAAAUAGCAGAUGUCGCCCUUCGAGUUGUCCUUUUUCUGUUCUUGUCCUGUUUUUAGCUACGUUUUCGACUAGUUCUUACUCUUGAAACGAGUGAAAUGUCCGCCAUUUUACAAGUUCACAAUCAAAACAACUCAACCUCGUCCCCAGGUCUUCUCGGUUAACGGUGCCCUAACCUGCGAAAACGCUGCAUUUUUGACGUCAUUUCCUCGUUAAACACAAAAUUCUUCCAAAUUUGGUCAUCAGUAACUGGUUAUGGUGAAUUAAACGAGUGCUUUUAGCCAAUCAGAAUCGGGAAAAUAUUUUGAAUGAAUAAUAAUGUUAUUUAAUUACAUUUUAGGUGGAGGCGCUGGUGGAUUUUAUUCUAGUGGAAGAAGCUCAAUGCAGUUCGGAGGCUCAAUGGGAUAUGGCGGAGAAGGAGGCAAAGGAUUUCUUCAGGGAGGAGUGGGUGGAAGAGCUUGGUAUUACAAUGCUGUUGGUGGGUUUGGAGGGGGUGGUGGCGCUUAUGGAGCGGGAGGAGGUGCUGGAGGUGGAGGAGGCUACUCUGGGGGAAGUAGCGGGAAUAAUUUAGCUGACUCCUGUGGAGGAGGGGGAGGAUCUUACAAUGCUGGAAAUAAUCAGCGAAAUGAAUGCUGUUAUAAAACAGCUGGACAUGGUCAGGUGACCAUAAUAUUGAUAUAG